CCACGGAACGAAACAAAAAAAAGGUUUAUUAAAGCCGGCGCUAGCGUUAACCAUGACAAACACGUUUUCUUUAAAUACAUUUUAUUGAUAUUCCUGCAAACGCACGUUGCCAGAAAAAUAUGAGGUUCCAUUUGUGCCAAAAACAUGUUUUUGUGCCCACUGUCUAUGUCUUUGGUCCAAUUGAACCUCAUACUAUCACACAUUACACCUGGUACUUUUUCCCACCCAUUCCAACCUGGCUGCACUCGCUUCUUCACUUCUUUUCCACACUGUCCAUUACUCUGUACUGUUGACUCUGGAUGCUUAAAAUGCUCCAUCUCCUUCUUUAUCUCUUCUUCCUAUAACCUCACUCUUUCUCUUGGGUCCCUCUCAUUUAUGCACAGGUACUCCGUCUUUCUGUGGCUAACCUUCCAUCCUCUCCUUUCCAGGGCAAACCUCCAUCUAUCUAGCUUCUCCUCCGCCUCUUUGCUGCUCUCGCUAAAAAUCACAAUAUCGUCUGCAAACACCACUGUCCAUGGUGAUUCCUGUCUAACAUCAUCUGUCAGCCUGUCCAUCACCAUUGCAAACAUGAAGGGGCUGAGUGCUGAGCCGUGAUGUGAUCUCCACCUUAAACUUCUCUGUCUAAUAAUGUUAUGUUUGUGUUAUUUGUAUGUGAAAAACUUUAGGAAAUUAAAAUGUGAAUGGAUUUCCUAUCAAUUCCUGUUUGUUUGUAAACAUAUUUAAUUUACAUUUGAUUAUUGUGCAAAAAAUAAAAGGAAUCUGUAAAACGUCGCUUGCACUUUUCAGUACCCAGGUAUUUAUGUAUUUGUCCAUUGCUAUUUUUUUAUAUUGACGCAUUGGAACAACUUCUAUUUUUGCAAUGUAAACUCCCAACAUCUGGUACAGCAUGGGAAACAUUGGUAGUUCUGAAUUUUGCAUGUGCUUUUUGGGGAUAAUUUCAAAAUGAAAUUCAAAGAACUUCAAAUAUAGUUUUCUACUAAAUCUUUUCAUGUGUUUAUCUACCAGUGCAAUAACGACAACGUUUCAGGCGAUUGUUUGACGAAACCAACAUUAACCAGAAUGGUACCACUCUUUGCGUGACGUCACAAGAAGCGUCUGUUGCGCUGGCGAGGACCGAAAGGGGGAUGAGCUACACUGCAGCUAAUGCAUGUUUGUAGUGAUGUAAUGUUGCCAGUUUGAUGACUACGGAUGGCUGUUUGCGCCCGGCUGUGCGGAGUGGGUCAGUCUCGGAGGUGCAGGAGGCGACAGCGGAACGAACAGCAAGAUCAGGGAAGCGAUUCCGACAUGGACGAGGAAGAAGGCGAGCGGAUCGUGGGUCAGACUCAGAGGAGAGCCGAGGCGGGCUGCUCCGGAGGCCCGGACAGCGCCGUCGCCUCCGCAGGGCCGAGUGACGCUGGCGAAGACGGCAGCGGUCAUGUCAACACAGCAGCUUCUUCUCGAGGCAACCCGAGACCUCCGCAGUCUUUAGCGGAUUUACCGCCGGAGCUUUUAGUGGAAAUCUUCUCGCUGCUUCCCGGAACUGUUCUGCCAAAUGUGGCCCUAGUCUGUAAGAAAUUCAGACAAAUCCUCAACACAGAAACCAUCUGGAGAAAGCGAUGCAUGGAAGAGUUUGGCAUGAACGAGGAUCUGAGGAAGAUGGAAGCAGGAGGCGUGUGCAGCCAGGACCUCUAUGUCAAGCGUGUCAACCCACGGGUCAAGUCAGGGCGCUUUAUGAAGCUCCUCCCGGACUACGAGCACAUGGACUAUAGAGACGUGUACACACACUUGCUUCACCCAUACAGGCAUAUCUUGGGGCUGUGGCAGCCUGACAUAGGGCCUUAUGGGGGAUUGCUCAAUGUUGUGGUGGACGGGUUAUUCAUCAUUGGCUGGAUGUAUUUGCCACCUCACGACCCCCGGGUGGAAGAUCCCAUGAGGAGACGGCCACUCUUUCGCAUCCACUUAUUGGAGAGCAAAAAGGCCACAGUAGAGUGUAUGUAUGGACACAAAGGCCCCCACAAAGGAGACAUACAGACUGUAAAAAAGGAUGAAUUUUCCACAAAAUGUAACCAGACUGAUCAUCACCGGAUGCCUGGAGGCAGACAAGAGGAAUUCAGGACUUGGCUGGAGGAAGAAUGGGGUCGAACACUGGAAGAAAUUUUCCAUGAGCACAUGCAGGAGCUGAUCCUGAUGAAGUUUAUUUACACCAGUCAAUACGAUAACUGUUUAACGUACCGACGGAUCUACCUGCCUCCUGCGAGGCCGUCAGACCUGCUGCAGCCAGGCCUUUUCAAAGGCACCUAUGGCAGUCAUGGCCUGGAGAUUGUCAUGCUCAGUUUUCAUGGUUCGUCUGCAAGAGCCACCAAACUUACAGGAGAUCCUAAUGUUCCUGCCGGGCAGCUCACACUGGACAUCGACCUGAGAAGGCCGGUGGUCCUGCCAGACUUGGAGCAGCAGCGUAACAUUGAGGAGCUGUCUCGGCUUGUACUCAGGAUACACGAGGAGGUGCAGGGUGAUGCGGGACAGCACGACAGUGUAGCUCCUCCCACAGUUAAAUCUGCAGAGGAGGAGGGGGCUUGUGGUGGUACCAGCGGGCCAGAACCAGAAGAGGGUGACCACGGUGCCUGUUCAGACAGCUGCCAGCCCGGCCCCAGCAGGAGCAGUAGUCCUCCAGAAGCUCAGCCAUUUGUGUUGCCUUUGGGUGUCAUGGCUCGCAAUGAGGUGUAUCCUCGCACUUGCAGGAAGUGCUUCUAUGGGACGGGCCUGAUUGCAGGGCAUGGCUUUACAAGUCCAGAGCGCACCCCUGGACUUUUCGUGCUUUUCGACGAGGACCGUUUCGGUUUCAUCUGGCUGGAGUUAAAGUCUUUCAGUCUGUACAGUCGCCUGACGGACCAUCUACCCCACGCUCACGCCCCAAACAUGGAGCGAUUUGAGGCCAUGCUACGUAACAUGCAGUCCUGGACAUCCUGAUUCUCCAAGCUUUAAGUCCCCCCUCACACAAUAAAGGAAAAAGAGUGUUUAAAUAUGAAUCCGUUCUGCAGUGGACAUCCUGAUAGGUGUUGACCUCAAACCUCCAGAUUGUGUCUAUGACUGUCCUAUACGGGGUUAAACCAUUUAACUUUAGCUCUUCAUGUCACGCCCUGCCUCGAUAAAUUCCUGUAUCUGUUACCACACAUGCGCUCAGAAGGCCCUCCACCGUUGAUCCCCUCGCCUCAAUAUGACCCUAAUCCACCAGUGCAACAUGAUAAGGGGUCACAUCACAAGUUAUGUAAUCCCUGCUGGCUAAAAAAGGAACAAAAAGAAAAAAAAGAAUGAUGCCGCUCAUACUACUUAUUAAGGAUCAAGCUGUAUGUGCCUGUGAUUCCUAAACCAUGUCUGUACUGGAUCAUGCUUGAAGCAAAUAAGUGUCCAAUGUAUUUUACUAUAUAAUAGUAUCAUACAAAUUCAGUGCCCAACUUAUUUAAGUGCAUGCUGCAGUUAUUUAAAUCUUCGCACAUUUCACUCACAACCACUAUUUACACAUUUGUUCUUUGAGCAGCAUGUUUUGCUUUGUACGUUUU